UCAACCUUGCCAUUCCACGCCUACUGCGCAAUACUGGGCACAAUUCCUGACAUAUUUUCAUUUGUAAAUGAUUAUAUUAUAUAUGUUCAUUAGUGGGUUAAGGGAUAUCAUCUCAUCCUACGUGACACACAAGAACCUCGGCAAUUGCACCAUCCGCGCGGGCAGCUCCUACAACAAUAGAGGAAGAUAGCUAUAUUUUUCUUUUAUUUCAAAAAGAUGUCAUUUUUUUCUAUAAAUUAAUAGUUAAAUAAAGGGCAAUGGCAAGCAAUCAAAAUUUAAAAUGGCAGAAGAUUAUAAGAUUCUAAAACAAGGUGCUGAAGCCAAGCUUUACAUAUGCAAUUAUCUUGGUAAGCCUGCACUGAUAAAGGAGAGAUUUAAGAAAAAUUACCGCCAUUCUGAUUUGGACACAUCCAUCACUAAAGAGAGAAUAAAAAAUGAAGCGCGUUCGAUAGUACGAUGUAAAACAGCUGGUGUGAAGACUCCUUGCUUAUAUUUGGUAGAUUUUGAGAGGCGUCGCAUUUACAUGCAGCAUUUUGUGGAAAGUAUAACCAUAAAAGACUUUGUCAUAAAUAUAGUCAGUAAAGAACAAAUUAAUUGUGAUGGUGAUAUCAUUUUGGAUGUAGUUGCCAAAAUGAUUGGAGAGGCAGUUCGAAAGAUGCACGAUAAUAAUAUAAUACAUGGAGAUCUAACAUCAUCAAACAUGUUACUUGUUCCCAAAAUAAGUAGCGCAGGAGUAGCAGAUAAUUCAAAAUGGCUGGAUGUAGCUAAUCUGGAGUUAGUAAUGAUAGAUUUUGGUUUAUCAUUCAUCGAUACUAGCACAGAAGAUAAAGGAGUUGAUUUGUACGUAUUGGAAAGAGCGUUGAUCAGUACACACAAUGAUUAUCCUGACUUAUUCAACAAAAUCUUGGAAGCUUAUAAGAAAUUCAAUAAAAACAAUGUAAAAGAGAUAUUGAGUAAGUUUGAAGAAGUCAGAGCAAGGGGACGGAAGAGAACUAUGGUAGGGUAG